AUGUUCACAAAUACACGUACAAUAUUAAUAUACAAUAGUAAGGUGAUGAACACACACACACACACACACACACACACACACACACACAUAUAUAUAUAUACAGGAGAUCAAGUUAGUGUGAGGGGACGACUACUGAGUUUGAAGUUCUUUAAAGUGUUAAAGUUAUUUUUCCCCUCUCCCACCUCGUUGGCAACCUCUCACCCACCGCUUAGCAGCAUGUCUCCGUACAUGACCAUACCUCAGCAAUACUUAUACAUAAGCAAGAUACGUUCCAAGCUGUCUCAGUGCGCCCUUACUCGACACCACCACAGAGAACUUGAUCUACGAAAAAUGGUGGGCCACGCCAAUAUGCUGGACAGGAUCCUCGACGAAAUAGACGAAAUCGACAGCGAGGUAGUACUGUGUGACGCUGCCGAUGGUUCUUCUACUGCAGAAGCUCAUUCCGCUUCCCCAGCAUCCAGCGACUCUUCUCCUCUCACUAAUAACAUCCGGCCCAUUAGCAUUAUGUGA